AUGGGUGAUCCGAGCGAUCUACGCUUUGUACCCUCCUCUUGCGCCACCACCCCCAUCGACUGGACCAAAGUCCCUGAAGCAUCCUCCUCUACCACUGGGAUGUUCGACGCAUUCAAAUUUUUUGGCUACAUGAUAGGCGAACUAUGCACGCUCCUUCUCGACAUCAGCGAGUUUGGGCUCGCCAAACCCCGUUUUUCUGCAACCACUGUUGGUCUUCCAGUAGGCCCACGCUUCUACAUGAAGUAUUUGCAGGAGGUUUGGUUCGUCCUUUUCGUGCCAGAGUCCAGGGAUGCGAUCACUGGUUUCAGCCCGAACAUACCACACGCUGAGGACUCGCAUGAAGACGCGGGGAUUGCGCAUGACAAAGCAUUGGCUGAGGAUUAUGACGCGAAGCUCUGUGAGGAGGUCAGACGGAUCGGAACCUUCGGAGCAGUCACCUCCAAAAGGUUGGCUGGGUGGGAGAGUUCUACACUGAAAAGAAACUUGGAGCUUGCACAGAUGAUGAAGACAUUCAUGCCAGGACUUGGCGCCUGGUGGAGUCCAAGCACUGUGGAGUCUGAUUUCGGUUCUAAAUGUUGUACUUUCUCCGCUGCCACGAUCGAAUUGUGUUUGCCUGUGUUCAUUCUGCGCCGAGGACAUGGUUCGGGAUAG